AGCCGCAGAAUAUGUAGUACUACCUUUUACAGGCAAGGGAACUUGCUUUACAACAUGUACAUGAUACGUUUACAGAGAAACGAUGCGGCAGAAUCAUACCACGACAGAGAAAAACAUCCGUAAACAAACAGAAGAACGUAUACUCACCAAUCCGCUUAAACAGAGCUCGCCCUUUCGAGUUCUUCGGUUUCACUUUCCAGCAGUCCAGCUCUGUCAAAGCCAGCCUCAUGGGAAUCAACAUCCAGUACGCCCAUCUUCAUCAACAGUUUUGCGUGCUAGCGUCUGCCAUCUUUGGCGCACGGCAAGAAUAUUACUGCCUUGCACACCGUGGCAUGCAUGGCGCAUGUGGACCUAUAAAACGCCACACGCAAGCAUACGCAUCACGUACACCAACCAGCGUCAGGAACAGCGCCGGCGCCGCUCGACCAGCCAUGCCGCGGAACUAUCGCCUGCCGUCGUACCACCGGCAGAGCCCGGCGAUCCGGUGCCUCAACUUCCUCUGCGCGGUGCUGCUCACGCUCGUCCUCAUCGCCGGCAUCAUCCUCUUCGUGCUGUGGCUCAGCCUCCGCCCGCACCGCCCCAAGUUCACGCUCACCGACUUCAGCAUCCCCAACGUCAACCGCCAGUCCGGCGCCGCCAACCUGCCCGUCAAGUUCGCCGUCAACGAGCACAACCCCAACCAGAAGAUCGGCAUCCACUUCGAGGCCGUCUACGGCUCCGUCUACUACGACGACGAGCUCAUCGCGUCCGGCCCCGUCAUGUACCCCUUCUACCAGCCGCCCAAGGGCGACACGCUGGUGCAGGGCGAGCUCGCCGCCUCCGGCCCGACGCCGACCGACCCCGCGUGGCAGCGCUUCGCCAGCGAGGUGGGCGCCGGCAGCGUCGGGCUGCGCCUCGUGCUCAACUCCACGGUGAGGUUCCAGGUGAAGGUGUGGGACACCAAGGAGCACCACAUGAAGGCCGACUGCGGGUUCAAGAUCAGCGGGGACGGCAGCCUCCACCAGGAGGACAGGAACACGCCCUGCACGCUCUACUUCUAGACUUCUAGUGGAUCAUUCAAGCUGCUCUUCUCUUAUUUUUCCUUCCCUCUGAUUUAUUUCUCUUUCUUCUUGAACAUAACUGCUUGUCAUUUGGGUUUGGGGUGGUAUUGGUGAUUCCUUUGUUUUAAUUCAUGUGCUUGACGUACAUGUAUUGGUGACUACAUUUUAUAGACUGCGAUCUUUCUAAUGCAAAAAGAAUGAUGUGAGCAUCAAA